AUGUCACCUAUGGGGUGAGGCAGACAGAGUUGGCAGCCAGCCUCUCAGGAGCCCCCACCUUGAGUCCUGCCCUACCCCCACCCCUGCCCCAAGUGGGGCCUACAGGGAAGUCUGGUGAGAAUACCCCUGGGGCCCAGGUCAGCUUCCCUCCGAGCGGCCUGGACACAGCACACAGAGCAGGAUUGCCCACCUGGCACUGCCACCCCUGCUGGGAGUGCUGGACCCCCCCAGGGCCCUUGCAGGAAGGUGGGGUUGGACAGGGCCCGCCCACUGAGUCCACCUUGUGCUCCAGCCUGGAACCGGUGCAGCUGGGAUUCUGGGAGAAGGUUCAGAGGGCCUGGGAGACAAUCCCCACAUAGCAGUGAAACUCUAACCCCCUAACCCUCCCCACUGCCCUCCUUCUGCCCUCCCCUGGCAGAGGGUGGCAGCCCCAUGCUCUUUGCAUAAUCCUGCGGCUUCGCUGUCUUCACUUACCACGCCACAGCAGCGGACAGCCGACGGGAAGGGCAGAGCAGGCCACCAUGGCGACACUCCUCUCCAACCCCCAGAGACGCCCUCCCCUCUUACGCCAGGCCAUCAAGAUAAGGCGCCGCAGGGUCAGAGACCUGCAGGAUCCUCUGCCCCAGAAGGAGACCAAGCCUCCAUCCCAUCAUCUGUCCCUGGAGGAGCGGGCCCUGCUCUACGAGGAAGCUCUCUACACUGUCCUGCACCGCCUGGGUCAGCCGGAGCCCACCCACGUGACGGAGGCCUCCGAGCUGCUGCGAUACCUGCAGGAGGCCUUCCACAUGGAGCCUGAGGAGCACCAGCGGACACUGCAGCGUGUCAGGGAGCUCCAGAAGCCAAUAUUUUGUCUGAAGGCAACAGUGAAACAGGCCAAGGGCAUUCUGGGCAAGGAUGUCAGUGGGUUCAGUGACCCCUACUGCCUGCUGGGUAUCGAGCAGGGAGUGGGCGUGCCAGGGGGAAGCCCGGGGGCUCGGCGUCGGCAGAAGGCUGUGGUGAGGCACACCAUCCCAGAGGAGCAGACGCACCGCACCCAGGUCAUCAGUCAGACACUCAACCCUGUCUGGGAUGAGACCUUUAUCCUGGAGUUUGAGGACAUCACUAAUGCAAACUUUCAUCUGGACAUGUGGGACCUGGACACUGUGGAGUCUGUCCGACAGAAGCUAGGGGAGCUCACAGAUUUACACGGGCUUCGCAGGAUCUUUAAGGAGGCCCGUAAGGACAAAGGCCAGGACGACUUUCUAGGGAAUGUGGUUCUGAGACUGCAGGACAUGCGCUGCCGGGAGGACCAGUGGUACCCCCUGGAGCCCUGCACUGAGACCUACCCAGACCGUGGCCAGUGUCACCUCCAGUUCCAGCUCAUUCAUAAGCGGAGAGCCACUACAGCCAGCCGCUCCCAGCCCAGCUACACCGUGCACCUCCAUCUUCUGCAGCAGCUUGUGUCCCAUGAGGUCAUGCAGCACCAGACAGGCAGCACCUCCUGGGACGGGUUGCUGAGUCCCCAGGCGACCACCAUUCUCUUUCUCCAUGCCAUGCAGAAGGACCUAUCCGACUUCCAUCAGUCCAUGGCGCAGUGGCUGGCCUACAGCUGCCUCUACCAGAGCCUGGAGUUCCCCAGUGGCUGCCUACUGCACCCCAUCACCAGCAUUGAGUACCAGUGGAUCCAGGGCCGGCUCAAGGCAGAGCAGCGGGAGGAGCUGGCCGCGUCUUUCCAGUCCCUGCUGGCCUACGGCCUCUCCCUCAUCCGGAGAUUCCGCUCUGUCUUCCCCCUCUCAGUCUCUGACUCCCCGGCCCGGCUGCAGUCUCUUCUCAGGGUCCUGGUACAGAUGUGCAAGAUGAAGGCCUUCGGAGAACUGUGUCCAGACAGCGACCCACUGUCCCAACUGGUGACCGAGGCCCUGCGGACUGGCACUGUUGAAUGGUUCCACCUGAAGCAGCAGCACCAUCAGCCCAUGGUGCAGGGCAUGCUGGAGGCAGGCAAGGCCUUGCUGAGCCUAGUACAGGACAUUGUUUGUGACCUGCACCAGUGCCGGCGCACAUGGAACAAGAUCUUCAAUGCCCUGAAGAUCGACCUCUUCUCUGUUGCUUUCCUAGAGCUGCAGUGGCUGGUGGCCAAGCGGGCCAAAGACCACACAGCAGCAGUCAGUAGCCCCGUGUCCCCAGAGAUGGGCGAAAGUCUGUUCCAGCUCUACAUCAGCCUCAAGGAGCUCUGUCAGCUGCACCCAGCACCCUUGGAGAGGGAUGGAGUCCUGGCCCUGGACAGUUUCCACUGCUGGUUCCAGCCGGCCAUCCCCUCCUGGCUGCAGAAGACAUACAGUGUGGCCCUGGCACGGGUGCAGCGUGCAGUGCAGAUGGACCAGCUGGUGCCCCUGGGUGAGCUGACCAAGCAUAGCACAUCAGCUGUGGAUCUGUCCACCUGCUUUGCCCAGAUCAGCCACACUGCCCGGCAGCUGGACUGGCCAGACCCAGAGGAGGCCUUCAUGAUCACUGUCAAAUUUGUGGAGGACACCUGUCGGCUGGCCCUGGUGUACUGCAGCCUUAUAAAGGCCCGGGCCCGUGAGCUCUCUGCAGGGCAGAAGGACCAGGCCCAGGCAGCCAACAUGCUGUGCGUGGUGGUGAAUGACAUGGAGCAGCUGCGGCUAGUGAUCGGCAAACUGCCCACACAGCUGUCCUGGGAGACCCUGGAGCAGCGGGUGGGGGCUGUGCUGGAGCAGGGGCAGCUACAGAACACACUGCAUGCCCAGCUGCAGGGUGCACUGGCUGGGCUGGGCCACGAGAUCCGCACUGGUGUCCGUACCCUGGCUGAGCAGCUGGAAGUGGGCAUUGCCAAGCACAUCCAGAAACUCGUGGGCGUCAGGGAGUCUGUCCCACCUGAGGAUGCCAUUCUGCCACUGAUGAAGUUCCUGGAGGUGGAGCUUUGCUACAUGAAUACCAACUUGGUGCAGGAGAACUUCAGCAGUCUUCUGACCCUGCUCUGGACCCACACGCUCAUGGUGCUGGUGGAGGUGGCUGCCUCCCAACGCAGCUCAUGUCUGGCUUCAAGCAGGCUGAAGAUUGCCCUGCAGAACCUGGAGAUUUGCUUCCAUGCUGAAGGCUGUGGCCUGCCGCCCGAGGCCCUGUACACAGCCACUUUCCAGGCUCUGCAGAGGGACCUGGAGCUGCAGGCAGCCUCCAGCCGGGAGCUCAUCCAGAGGUAUUUCUGCAGCCGCAUUCAGCAGCAGGAAGAAACCACCUCUGAGGAGCUGGGGGCUGUCACAGUCAAGGCCUCUUACCGCGCCUCUGAGCAGAAGCUACGUGUGGAGCUGCUCAGCGCCUCCAGCCUCCUGCCCCUGGAUUCCAAUGGCUCCAGUGACCCCUUUGUCCAGCUGACCUUGGAGCCCAGGCAUGAGUUCCCUGAGUUGGCUGCCCGGGAGACCCAGAAACACAAAAAGGACCUUCACCCACUGUUUGAUGAGACCUUUGAAUUCCUCGUGUCUGCUGAGCCGUGCCGGAAGGCUGGGGCAUGCCUCUUGCUCACCGUGCUGGACCAUGACACACUAGGGGCUGAUGACUUGGAAGGGGAGGCCUUCUUGCCGUUAUGUGAGCUGCCUGGGCUGAUUGGCUCCGAGGAGCCUGGCGAGGUCCCUCAGACCCGCCUACCCCUCACAUAUCCCACACCCAACGGGGAUCCAAUUUUGCAGCUGCUGGAGAGUCGGAAGGGCGACCGAGAGGCCCAGGCCUUUGUGAAGCUGAGGCGACAGAGAGCCAAGCAGGCCUCCCAGCAUGCUCCUAGGGCAGGGCAGUAGCAGGGCAGGUUGGGGGUGGGGCUAGGUCCCCAGCAGGGAUGCUGUGGGGGGGGAAGCCCUGACUGCUGUUAGUGUUAACACAGGCUCCCCUGGUCCCCCCACCAGAGCAGGGCCCAUUUGCAGUGUCUCUACUCUUCACCAUACCUAUACAGGCCAUAACAUUUUCUGCCAUAUCCCAGCAGCAAAGGGAGCAUCUCGGGACCCUGAUCCCCUCUUAGAAAAACUGCUCUGAUGGUCAGGGUCUUGGGCAAUCUGUUUCCCAGCCUGCCUGUUCCAGCCACUGGCAGGAAGAGGAGGGGAGGCUCACUGGGUCCAGGGCUAGAGACAUAGAACCUCCUGGGAAAGGGAGAGGAGACCCUGCCAAAUAUAAGGCUCCAUCUGCCCUGUGGGAGGAGAAGGAAUGGUGUCCAUUACUAGAGGGAGCCUCAGUUCUUUCCCCAGGGGCUGCCAAGGAACUUGGAGCCAAGGACCUUCUGGCUCAGAGAGAGCAAGUGGCAGGCAGCAGGGCUGGCAUGGAGGGAUGGAAGCAGAAAGGCCAGUUUGGCUAGCUUUGUGUAUGAGAAUAUCUCCUCCCUAGGAAAGCAUCUGCCACCUAGAAACUUUCUUAGCAAAAUAAACAAAUAAAACCAAUUCAUUGCCCAAAUUUUACUUUUGGCCCGCAGGGGGGCCCAGAAAGCUAGUCAGGCCGCAUUUCCUUCCUUCCCUGGGGCCUGGCCUACUCUCACUCCCCCAUGUUCCAAAGCAACAGACACAGAAGCAGGGGCUAGUGUGAUGGUCACUAUUGUUAUUUUGGCCAUGGGCUUUGAACAAGUCAUUUUACCAGGCACAUGAGUUUCUGUGGUUGCUGCCUAGAACAAGGGCCUCUUCCUCAGGGGGAAGUACUGUGAGCAGGGCCUCCCACGGGUGCACGUGAAGCCUGGAGGCCUACUAUACACUAGGACCACAGGAGAUGUAUCCCUGUCCUGCUUUGGCAGAGGUGGCCCCUAUGCACCGGGAGUUGGAGCCCGAGGCCUGCUCAGUUCUCUUAACAUUGAUAAGAUGAUUUCCAUGGCCCCCGCAGCUCUGAACCUGAAGCCAUACAAAGAGGACCCAGCUAGGAUGAGAGCA